CCCCCAAUUCCUUGCCCUACUCCUCGCGCCGCCGCCGCCGCCGCCACCACUGCCCCCAGCGCCCAGCCGCCGCCGCCUCCGGAGAAGAGGAGGGAGCCAGCACCAGCCGCCAUGGGUCGCGUCCGCACCAAGACCGUGAAGAAGACCUCCAGGCAGGUGAUCGAGAAGUACUACUCCCGGAUGACCCUGGACUUCCACACCAACAAGAAGGUGCUGGAGGAGGUCUCGAUCCUGCCCUCAAAGCGCCUCCGCAACAAGGUGGCGGGGUUCACCACCCACCUGAUGCGCCGCAUCCAGCGCGGCCCCGUCCGCGGCAUCUCCCUCAAGCUGCAGGAGGAGGAGCGCGAGCGGCGCAUGGACUUCGUCCCGGAGAAGUCGGCGCUCGAGGUCGAGGAGAUCCGCGUCGACAAGGAGACCAUGGAGAUGCUCGCGGCCCUCGGCAUGGCCGACCUCCCCGGCGUCGAGCGCCAGCAAGAGGUCUCCAACGCCCCCGCCUACGGCCGCCCGCAGUACGGUGGUCCCCGCCGUGACCGCGUCUAGGCUUCACGCUGUUAUCGCCGUGGUUGCCUCUUGAUCUGCCAUUCGUAGUUACUAUGCUACUUUGUUAAACUUAUCUUUGGUUGCUUCUGAGGCGGUUAAGUUUUGAACUUGUGUUAUGCUAUAAAUUCUUAAGUGUUUGGGUCUGCGUGUGAUGGACAUGAGAUUUAUAUUCUCGCGCCAAUGAAGUCUUAAGAUAUUUUAUAAGUUACUAUGAGAUGUUCCUACA